UUUUGUGUAUUUGUAUUUAUGUUGCCUCAGUCUCGGUUUUGCUGCUGCUGCCGUUUUGCUUUGCAUGGACGUUUCGUUGUUUUGUGUAUUUUGGUUACUUUGCAAAUGUCUUAACGCGAGCACACAACACCAGCUACAUUGGUGCACAAUAAUUAACAAAAUUUAUUUAAUAGCAACACAAAAUGUAUAUUUAUUGUUGAGGCAACUUUUGUUUGUUAGCCACUUUGAGGUUAGAACAGCAGAGUUGUCUUAUGCCUAGGUAUGUUAUAGAUAUAUCGAUAUAUCGAAUGCGUGAAAUUCAGUCAAUAGUAUCGUGUGCAACUUUACCAACACUGCACUAUUGCUUAUCAGCGAAAAUUUUAACAACAAUUUAUUCAAGCGGUUGCAAAUGAAAAGUAUGUCUACUCAUGACAUAAAACUGGAAGUAUGUGUGGACUCCAUAAGAUCUGCUUUUGCUGCUGAGGAAGGCGGUGCUGCGCGCAUUGAACUAUGUUCGGCGCUGCAAGAGGGCGGCCUAACACCCACCCCAGGGACGCUCAAAACUCUGAAGGAGUUACCUUUUACUUUGCCCAUUUACUGCAUGCUGCGCCCCAGACGUGGCACUGACUUCGUCUACAGCGAGGAGGAGCUCCGUGCCACCUUAACUGACAUGGAUUUGCUGCGUGCUUAUGGCGCAGAUGGUUUUGUUUUUGGCGCGCUUACUGCAGAGCGCACAAUUGAUGUGGACAAGUGUCGUCGUGUGCUACAACGCGCCGAGGGCUUACCUGUCACCUUUCAUCGCGCCUUUGAUCUCACCGAUCCCAAGUUCAUGCAUGAAAAUGUGCAAAUGCUAAAAGAACUGGGGUUUAGGCGUGUGCUCAGCAGUGGUUUUCGUCAAAGCGCCGCUGAGGGCGUUGAUGCCUUGGCUCAGCUGAUUGCCAAGCAUCAUCGGGAUAUUAUAAUAAUACCUGGUGCCGGCAUAAAGGUAACAAAUCUAGAAGAGAUACUGAACGAGAGCCGUUGUGUGGAGUUCCAUGCUUCUGCUAUGGACACGGCGAGCGAAGAUUAUAGCCUGCCAACUACCUCCCGUAUGGAGUGUGACGUAACCAUGGGCAAGCAGGACAUUGAUCCAUAUUUUGGCACAAAUGCUAAUGUUGUGCGUAAAAUGGUAACCAUAGCGCAUGCUAUGAGCUGCCGAUAAAAGACUAUACUAUAUAUUUAGUUUAAUUGACUUAUGCUAUGCAUCAAAAUUUCAAAUACUAGUUCAUAAGCUUGAUUUAAUGUUCAAAUAUUUGACACAUAACUUUUGGCAUAAACUAUAAAUUAUACUAUUUAUGUUAAGUAUACAAACUUGUUAAAUUCAAUGCAAGCUUGGCAAAAUGCGUGACCAGUUGGAAAAUGUGGAUUUCAAUAAUUUUAACCAGCAGCUCAAUGGCAUGGAGAGCAAAUUGCAGGAGACCGAUGAGUGCAAUUAUCGUCUAGCUGCGCAAAUAGAUAAACUAAAGCGUUUGCUGCGUAUCAAUCAAAUUGUUGUGAAUAAAUUGCAGGACAAUGAUAAGAGUAUAGAGUCAAUGGUAGAUAAUGAACAUGAAACAGAGCAACAUGCACAAGUAAUGCAACGUGUGACAGAAAUAGAAAAGAAGCUUUUGGCUACAAUGAAUUUAUUCAAUGCUCUGAAGACACAGUCUAACAAUUGCAAAGAUCGUGCGAGAAGCUCAAACGCAGUCCUGCCGGAGAAACUUAGUGCACUGGGGGGUAAACUAAUUUCUAUUGGUAAUGAGCUGCUUGAAGUGCGUCGAGAUAAAGCAGCCAUGGAAUGCUUAGCAAAUAGACUGCACAGCUGGCCCUGCAAGGAGCCCAAGUCAACUACUUGGACUACCUGCAAGACUGCCGUGCAGAAUAAUAUGCUUUGCAAGCUAACGCUGCAAGAGAUCAACACCAUUGUGGAGCCCACAAAAAACAUAGCUCAGCAUAGAAAGCUUAUACAAAGAGUUGAACAACUUUUGGCGCGCUCAGAGCAUUUAAAUAUAAAUUCCGAGAACUUUACCAAAGUAAGAAUUUUGUCGAAAGUUGUUCUGAGAGCUUUAAUUAAGCGUAAACAACUUUAUGAGCUCUUUACUGUAAAUGCAAAGUGUAAACAAACAAUGGCUAUAAGUAAUCCCUAUAUUUAAGUAUUUUGUGAAAAUAAU